AUGGCUACAACGCGACGCUUGGCUUUUUUACCUGCCCAACGGGCUAUUUACACUUUUAUCUCUUCACUUCCUUUUUGGAUAUUUCUUACUGGCAACAUCUCUACCUCAAAGCGCUCUAAUCAUUCCCCCUUCGUACAUCUCCAAUUGUUGGAAGAUGUUAUUGUCCCAUGUGGGGACGGAGACUUACUGGUUAAGGAACUUAUUGAUAAGGCUAUCAUCAGAUACAAAAAAGCGGUUGGAAAGUCCAAUGACAGUUGGGUGACUGUGCAAAGUCUUAAGACUUGUAGCGAUGGUGGAAUUCUUGAUCCUGAUGACCAUCUUAAUGACGUAGUAGAUGAUAGAGAGCAGUUGACUGCCAUUUAUGAAGAACAGCCUGCAAACCAUCUUCACAACAAUGGUGAUGGAGCCAGUGCUAGUUCUGUAGGAACUUCUAGUCCUGACAUCUUCCAAAGUAAUAAUGGACCUAGUGGUGCUAGCAAUGGAGAUUUCAAAAGCUCCAACCUCUCUGACAAUGAUGUCAUUGUUACUUUGGACGAUGUUCCUUCAGGGCCAGGGUUAACAGUUCGGCGUGGCAGUGAACCUGCUCUUGUAGGUCUUGGAGAAGAAGAAACCUCUUCAGGUUUGGCUGUCAAACCUGAAACACCUGUUGUACAUAAACGUUGGGCAACAUUUGGCAAUGAUACCGAAUUUAAGACUUCUACUUCAAAGCAGGAAAAUGGGGAUUCAGACUUUCUUGACCCAAAGAAACGUCUCCAGCCACGGUGGAGUAGUACAGGCCAUAACAAACUUUUGGCUCCCAAGUUCUUCCGCGAUCCUUGCCGCCAGUCCCUUGGGAAUCGACCUGACAUGUUCAAGUGGUUUGAGGCACAGGAACGGCAGGAGGAAAGGUUCAAGGAUGCUCAAGAUGGAAGAGAAGAACCUGUUGGUGGCAGCAUUGAGAAAGAAACUAAUAGCAAUGUGGCUGAAAAAGAACUUGAAAUAAUUGUAACAUUGAAGAAUGAUGGGGAACCACUUGGCAUUCAUGUGGUACCAGAUUAUGAUGAAGAUGACAAAGAGACUGGUUUACUCCUACAGAGGAUUGAACCUGGGAGUAAAAUAAGCCGUGAUGGUCGCCUGAAAACGGAGGAUCGUAUUAUUGAGAUUAAUGGGUCGAAUUUGAUGGGGAUUUCUUUUGACAGGGCCCAGGAGAUUUUUCGUAAAGCUAUGAAAACAAAUGAGAUACAACUCAAGGUGCUAAAAUCCAACCCACCCCCUCUUCCAAAAAUGCCACCCCCAUUACUUCCAAAGCCCACUGCCAGAAAUCGAACGUCACCUCCUAAGCCAAGCCCACUCACUCUUCCACCAACCAAUCCAGAUGAGCCAAAGGAUCAAGUUGAUAAUUCAAAAAAUCUCAACAAUCAGAAAAAUGCUUAUGAUGAUGAUGAUGAUAUCAGUUCUUCUAUCAGUUCUGGGAAGUCAGAGUCUAAUGCUGCCAGUGACGAGAAACCUUCAUCUGGUAGUAGUGUGACUGAAAAUUCAGGAAUGAUUGAUGACAACUCCGUCCCACCCUCACCAACCAAAAAGGUGCCUCCAGCUGUUCCUACACGUCAUCCAACUACUGCGCUCUCAACAAAAGACAGAAACAUGUUUAGUGCUUCCACAAAUACACGUAAAAUUGGAAAGAAACUUGCAAUACAACUUAAAAAAGGUUCCAAUGGCCUUGGUUUCAGCAUUACAUCAAGGGAUAACCCUACAGGUGGCAGUGUUCCCAUUUACAUAAAAAACAUUCUUUCAAAAGGAGCUGCUGUUGAAGAUGGCAAACUAAGGCCAGGAGAUCGACUCCUUGAGGUAAAUGGUAUUGAGAUGAGUGGUAAGACACAAGAAGAGGCUGUGACAAUUCUUCGAAAUACAAAACUGGGAGCCAUUGUCAAUUUACUUAUAUCUCGACAAAGUACUGAUCAGCCCCCACCUAAACCUGCACGUGAUAAUCUUGAAAAAAAAUCUUCUUCUCGCCCAUCCUCAACAUCUCCUGCUAUCUUAGUGGAUCAUGGAGAAAUUUCACCCACACCUGAUGCUUCAAAUCAAGAAUACCUAACCUUUGACAUUGCUUUGAAUGAGACAAGUUCUGCAGGCUUAGGAGUCAGCGUUAAAGGUAAUACAAAUCCAUCUGAAACAGGAGCAAACCGAGAUUUGGGCAUUUUUGUUAAGGCAAUUAUUAACGGUGGUGCUGCAUCAAAGGAUGGUCGAUUGAAUGUAAAUGAUCAGUUGAUAGAGAUCAAUGGAGACUCUUUGCUGGGUUUGACCAAUCAUGAUGCAAUGGAGACAUUACGCCAAGCAAUGCGUAACAUUGACACAGUCAACAGCCACAUUCGUUUGGUCAUUGCAAGACAUCAAGAAUGCACAGACUCUCCUUUGCCAUCUUUAAACUCUGUAUCUAUCAGCAACCACAACAGUAGCUGCUCAGAUGAAACUGAAUCCAUUGAAAAUGGGCAAAAUGAUGGCAAUGCUAUCCAUAAUACAUCUAUUGGCUGCCAAACAGCAAGUGAUAGUAAAUCAAAAAAUAUUGGUAUACAGUCAUUGACAGUCAAUCCACCUGAACAGGAAACCGUUCUUAUUGAAGACGAUUCUUAUGAGCAAGAUGAUGGUUACCCACCUGUUUUCUCUGGAGAUGAUUAUUCACCCAAUUCGCCCAACCUUUGGAAUGAAGAAACAAUGUUAAAUCAUGAAAACAGUGAAUUAAAUCCUUUAAGUCCAGAUUUUGACCCUAACUUAGCAUUCCAGCGUGAGGGAUUUGGACGUCAGAGUAUGUCUGAGAAACGGAGAGGUCACCAUGAUGCUCGUUACAGUGAUUUCUAUCACUUAGCUAAAAACAACAGAGACGACAGAGCUGGAAAACAAGGCCUUAUACGUGCUGGCUCCAUGGAGUCUCUCAUUGGCAACAAAGUUAACUCUGGCACAAAAUUGCAUGAUGACAUGUCAGCUCGAGGUUUGCAUUCAGAUAUGUCUCUGAGAAAAAGAUCAAGUUCCAUGGAAAGUCUGCCAACUCCAGACUCUGCUUUCGAAAACCAAGCUCCUCCUUUUUGGGCAGCAGAGCGUGUGGCUAGGGGCCGCAUGUGUAAUGAGAGUUUUAGAGCUGCCGUGGAUCGAUCUUAUAAUGCUCCUCACAUUAUACAAAACAUGGAAACUCUUGAAGAAGAAAAUAGUGACACUGGCUCUGGUCCUGGCCAUGGGCAACUUCCACCUCGUGUACAUAGACCUGUAGCCCAUAAAGAUAAUUCUAUCCCUCAGGACGUACAGGCUCAACCUCCACAACCAGUUACUAAGGCCACUAAGAAGAAAGAACGCGACAAUCGAAAAAGUGGGGGUUUAUUUAAAGGAAUCUUCAAAUUUGGCAAAAGCAACAAAGAAGACAAGGCAGCAGCCAACAAGGAUCAAACUGCAGAGAAAGAGAAUUCUGGGAAGCAAAAGAAUGAUAAACCUUUGCCAGAGAUUUUGGAAAUGGAUCGUAAUUGGAAAAAUCCAAGAGCUGAUCCAGAAAGGCUUCCUGAACACCCUAAAUCUCCAUAUCUAGCCUCCCGUGCUCCUGUACCAAGACAGCGGCCCGGUUAUCGUGAUCCUUAUUACACAGAACCUUAUGUUGUGAGUACAACCACAAGGACUGAUAAAAUUCAACAGUUGAGAGAAGAGCAUCAACGAAGACACCAAGAACGUCAGGGUCGAUAUCCUCUGGAUGAACAAGAAGAGAUGUAUGAAAGACACUUGCAAGAAAUGGAAAGAAGGAAGUUUAGUAAUCAAAACCAACAUCCUCCACCACCACCCCCACCACAGCCGCCUUACCCAGAAGCUGAGUAUGCUAUAGUCAAUAAGAUUCACCAUCCAGGGGGGCGGCCCAAUCCACAUGAAAGAAUGAAUGCACACCUGAAUUAUCAAGAGAAGUCACAUAUACCACCUUAUGUUCCCCCUACAACCCACAACCAAAUGGAGAUGAACGUUUUUACCCUCCAGAUUAUCCAAGUGAACCUCAUCCAAAGCAUCCUCCCCCUUACCCAGCAGGAUCCAGAGAAGGUUGGCAUGGCAAUGGUUGUAGAAAUCAGCCACCACGUCAACAACCACGUCAUCACAGGGAUAAUCCCCAUUAUAAACCACAGGACAAUUCUCAAAGUAGCCAUGAACCAUGGCUUUACAUUCGGCCUGGGGGACACAGUGCCCCUCCUUCCUGGCCCCAUUCAAUACAAAUGGAGUCUCCAGCUUCUUCAGGAGAUCUGUAUGAUUAUCAUUCAAAUGGUAGAUAUGACUAUGCAGAUCCCACUUAUGCUGUUAUCCCCAGUGGUAGAAGGACACCAAACUCUUCAGCUAAUGUUUGAAUUUUUUUCCCUGGACCUCAGUUAA